UAAUAGGAAUACAUUAGUAUGGUACGUAUGGUGCCCAAGAAAGUGAACAGCUAGUUGAUGGCUUGAUGCUUGAUGGCUGGAGAUCGUGGGAAGUGGGAAGCUCGGGCUGCGAAAGAUCCGGAAUCAAUCUUGUCUGUUAGUCACUAAUUACACAAGAUUGCCUCCAUGGAUCCAGCGUGAAUUACUUUACUUUUCAGGAGAAGUCAUUUCCCGCGGUUCCAAGACCAGAGCAAGCUUCGCAACGAUCGGUUGCAAGGAGGAAGCCAAUGACCCUACGGUAUCCGUCACUGUCUCACAUCCCAGAUAGAAGGACCAUCGGAGACAGCAUUGCUGGCAUUAUCUGCAUCAAAACAUUCUUUUAUCAGGAAGACCCUAUAGUUAUCCCAUCCUGACUCCGAGCCAAGUCGUAAUCAAGUAGAGGAGUUUUUGAAAGAAAGAAAGAACAAACGAGGUGGAUACCCCUCUCUUUCUCCUUUCUCCCUUUAAAAAAGUCCACCAUGACGAUUGUGGAAGGAGAAUUUGGCGUAAGAGGCGCUGCCGCCACAGCCCCCUUGACCACCAUGGCUUCUGCCAUGAUGUUUGGGACUGUCUUUUUCGCGGCGGCUGCCAUGGGUGUGAAAUCCUAUGUUGCGGGAGAUCAUCGAGCCUUUCAAAUGGCCCACAACCCCAAGUCACAACCUCUCGAUGUGUCGUCCUUUGCGUCCCUCUUUACCCUCUUUUAUCACCUAUCCAUCUUCGGAAUGAUCCUCUUUUAUGCCUACAUUUGCGAGUACCAUCCUCCCUAUCCACAUGCCGAAAAGAGCUACAAUAGAGACGAAUUCUUUUUCAUGACCGCAUUGCUAUUCUUGGUGUCCUUCUUUACACUCACCAAAAAUGACAAGAAGCAGACAGCCGUCGCGGAUCAAGAGCACUCCAUCUUUGAAGAACGACCUGUAGCCCCACCCAAUGACAAGACCGAAAUCCUUAAUCGAGAUCAAACCGAAGAAUGGAAGGGAUGGAUGCAGUUCAUGUUUUUGCUUUACCACUACUAUCACGCAGAAGAAGUUUACAAUGCCAUUCGAAUCAUGAUCACAUGCUAUGUGUGGAUGACUGGAUUUGGAAACUUCUCAUUCUUCUACCUCAAAGGAGACUACGGAUCCGUCCGAGUCAUGCAAAUGUUAUGGAGGUUGAAUUUCUUGGUCACAUUUCUCUGUCUCACGCAAGGAACCACCUACAUUCUCUACUACAUUUGUCUGUUGCACACAUACUUCUUUCUCAUGGUAUACGUCGUUAUGAGAAUCAAAAAGGAAGUCAACUACACCAAAUGGGGGAUUCGCAUCAAAUUGGGCUGUCUGGCACUCUGCAUUUUUGUCAUGUGGGAUCUCAAAAAUCCACUCUUUCGCAUUCUCCACUGGCCCUUUCUGGGAGAAACACCCAUGCUGGGAGCCACCGCUGGGGCCAUGUGGGAAUGGUACUUUCGAUCCAGUCUCGAUCAUUGGUCCACCUUUUUGGGGAUGAUUUUUGCACUCAACUUUCCCAUUACCAGUCUCUUUUUUCGCAAAUUGGAAGCGCAACCCUUACUCUGGCAAGUACUGGCCAAGGGAGCCAUGGGAGUCUUUUUCCUUGGCAUGCUCUACUGGUGGGUCACAAAUCCCUUUAUGCAUGGCAAAAUCGAGUACAAUGCCACCAAUGCAUACUUUGGCUUCAUCCCCCUCUUGGUCUACAUUUUCUUUCGAAACUUGACGCCCACACUUCGGGGAUAUCAUUUGGAUCUGUUGCAUCAAAUUGGAAAAACGACGCUGGAAACCUAUCUUAUGCAACAUCAUAUUUGGCUUACAUCCGACGCCAAGAGUCUGCUCACGCUCAUCCCGGGAUGGCCAAUGAUGAAUUAUUUGGUCGUCACCUGCAUUUAUUUUGUUCUCAGUCGACGACUCUAUCAACUCACUCUCUUUUUGAGAGGAAUGAUGCUGCCGAAUGACCGUGACAAGUGCGUCCGCAAUCUUGUGGCGAUAUUUGUCACCCUUGCCUCCUACGUGGCGUUGGCUUUCCUUCUCAAGACGUUCCACCUACUCCACCUACCCAUGGUGGCGGCCUGCUCUUUCGUUCUUGGAUUCAUUCUGUACCAAACCGUUGCCAAGGCGACAACCCGAUCAGUCUCCGCGUCUCCCUUGAGUUCGGACAAGAAACCUAAUGAUGCCAUGGGAAUUGCGUUUGCGUCCGUGUUGAUUUUGGUGGUGGGACUGAUAUGGCAUCGCAUGGCACAAGUUGGGGGUGCCAAAAUCAAACCUCUUCCAGUUGGCUGUCAGGCAUUUGUCAAUGACGGAGUGUGGAUCCCCAUGGACAAUUGCAAUGAAUUCUCGAGAGGAACUGCCUAUCGAGACCACGGAACCAUGUCCUUGGGAACCUGUGCUGGUGGACAGCAAACCACUGCUUGGGGCUGGAAGGCACCAGAGCCAUGGACACAUUGCCGAUUUGCUCGUCGUGAUCCCAAAUCUCUCAAGAAGGCACUGCAACAUAGGCGACUUGUUUUUAUCGGUGACUCUGGCUUGCGCAAGCUAUACCAUGCAGUUGCAAGACAAAUGGGUGUUGCGGAGGCUGGUCUCCUCAACACAACACUUUCCAAGCAUUCCGAUAUGGAACGAACCGUGGCCAAAACAAAACUCGAAUUCAAGUGGGCUGCUUAUGCGCCAGAGCAAGUGGAAAAACUAAAAGGUUUGGCUGGUGCAUCUCCACAAAUUGACACGAUCAUCAUGGGCGGUGGUGCUUGGGAUCGACUCCAUAAGUAUGGUUCUGACGCUGAGAAGACGGCAUUUGCGACAGCAGUAGAAGAUCUGGGAAAGCAAAUACGCGUGACCAGGGACAGCGGCGUUCCCGUCGUCUGGCAAAUACCCACCACAAUCAACACAGAUGGACUGCAAACAGAUGAAAAGAAAGCCAACAUACGGGAGGAACAAAUGGCUGAAAUCCGUGAGCUUUACAAAUCCAAAAACGUGCUUGAGGCGGCGUCCUUUGUCUUGGAUGGACCGGCGUUCUCUGCGGGCAGAGUAUCGGAGAGCUUUGAUGGAGUGCAUUAUCCAUUCGUUGUGUACGAGGCAGGCGCACAAAUAUUGCUCAACGCAGAAGACUGGCUGCUUCCCAAACGAGAUACGUCGGACCCGUUCAAAGCGCCUCAACCAGGAAAGAUGGCCAACCCAGUCCUUGGUGGGAUGAUGCUUUGUUUUGUGGUGAUGGGGUUGUUCUUCUUUGAUGGUUUCAUGGGAAUCUCCUACCUCGCAUCAUUGUUUGUGCCGUCUGUCACACCCUCUGUUCUCUACGAAGAAGCAUUCACUGCGUUACACCAAAGAGCAGGUCUUCCAGCAAUCGGGGGUGGCGGGUCAACACCAAAAAAAAAUCUCAAGGCCAAGAGCAGCGACUUGCCGACCACAGAGAACAAGAAAACCAACAACAAAGACCACCAAAUCGACGACGACGAAAUCGAGGCGUUGCUCGCCGAGGCCGAGAACAGUAUUAGUAAUGGCACAGGCGCAAAGGAAUAAGUGCAAGAGUUGUUUUUUAUUUUAUAGCCAAAAUUGCUUCUGC